CAACAAGAGUCACAUGAUUCCAUGUGCGUUUCAUAAGGCAAGAGAGCCAGCUAAGGCUUGAACUGAAUUCGCUGCUCUCCUUUACAUCGUUUUGUAACAAUGCAUUGCUCGGGACAGUGACAUCCACGGCGUCUCCAACAUUGUCUUGUUCUAGAAUUUUCAAAGGAAUUGGUUUGGAACUGGCGCGAUGUUUUUCUCGUUGGGAUGGGUGACAGCUCUAGUAGCUGGCAUUUUCGCCCUACACGUUGUACAGCAACUGUGUUUCCCUUACUUUUGGAAAGAUGUUUUUUAUUUAGUGAAAGUCAUCCGAUACGGCGCACGUCUGGAGAUAUUCAAAAUGACUUCAAAAGUUGUCACUAUCAUUGACAGAUUCGUCCAACAGGCAGAGCGAAUUCCCACUAAACCUUUCCUUAUAUAUGAGGGAAUAACGUACACCUAUCAAGACAUUAACGAGCGGAGCAACAAAUUGGCGAAUGUCUUCCUCGAGCAGGGCACAUUGAAGAAAGGCGACUCCGUUGCGCUUCUGAUGAACAAUGAGCCCGACUUCAUCUGUGUUUGGUUUGGAUUGAUCAAACUCGGAUGUUCAGUGGCUUUUCUAAACACAAACAUUAAGUCCAGAUCGUUGCUACAUUGUUUCAACUGCUGUGGGGCCAAGACUCUUGUUGUUGGUGCAGACCUGUUGGACUCCUUGGAGGACAUCUUGCCCAGCUUCCUGGAGGACAGCAUCUCGGUGUGGGCCAUGAAGAACAAGAGCAGCCACCCGGAGGUCCAGACACUGCUAGAUAAGAUGGACCAGGCGUCGGACAAGCCCACCCCGCCUGCCCUGAGGGCUGCCACCUCCCUCAAGGCCCCCACCCUCUACAUCUUCACCUCAGGAACCACUGGUCUGCCUAAGGCUGCGGUCAUCACACACCUCCAGUCCCUGAAGGCUGCAGCAGGGUUCUGGGCCUACGGUGGGUCUGAAGAUGACGUGGUCUACAUCCCCCUGCCUCUCUACCACAGUGCAGCCUCUCUCAUCGGCGUCGGGGGAACCAUCGAGAUGGGCGCUACCUGUGUCUUGAAGAAGAAGUUCUCAGCCUCACAGUUCUGGAAUGACUGUAGAAAAUACGACGUGACCAUCUUCCAGUAUAUCGGCGAGCUCUGUCGAUAUCUGUGCAACCAGCCUAAGGCUGAGGGGGAGAAGAAGCACAAGGUGCACAUGGGCGUGGGAAACGGGCUCCGGCAGGACGUGUGGCGGGAGUUCCACCGACGCUUCGGCGAGAUCCGCAUGUGCGAGCUCUACGGCUCCACAGAGGGAAACCUGUGUUUCAUGAACCACAUCGGCAAGAUCGGAGCUGUGGGCCGCUCCAACUUUUUCUACAAGCUCCUCUUCAAGUAUGACCUGGUAAGGUAUGACAUGGUACGAGAUGAGCCGGUCAGGAACAGCCAGGGCUUCUGUCAACACGUUAACAAGGGUGAGACGGGUCUUCUCUUGUCCAAGAUUAGCGCCUCGAGUCCCUUCUUUGGCUACGCGGGGAGCAAACAGCUGACCGAGAAGAAGUUGAUGAGGAACGUGUUCGUGAAGGGAGACGCGUACUUCAACACUGGAGACCUCAUGGCUGAAGAUGCUGAAGACUUUAUCUGUUUCAAGGACAGAGUGGGGGAUACUUUCAGAUGGAAGGGUGAAAAUGUGGCAACAACAGAAGUGACGGAGGUGCUUGGAAUGGUGGACUUUAUCCAAGAGGCCAAUGUCUAUGGGGUGGAAAUUCCAGGAAAUGAGGGAAGAGCCGGAAUGGCCGCCAUCAUCGUGAGGCCUGAAUGUGAGUUUAGCGGGAAGAAGCUAUUUGACCACGUCCUCAAUGAUCUACCAGGCUAUGCUCGUCCUCUCUUUAUAAGGCUUCAGGAAUCAAUGGAAAUGACGGGAACCUUCAAGCAGCAGAAAUUCAAUCUAGUGGAGAGCGGAUUCAACCCUUCAACAAUCUGCAACCCGCUCUAUUUCUUGGAUUGCUCAGAGAAAAGCUACGUUCCCCUCACAAACACGCUGUACAGCAGCAUUUUGGCUGGCGAGUGGAAGCUAUAGUGGUUAACAGUAGCUAAAACCACCAAUAGAUUUGGUUCACUGAGACGGUGACAGUUUCGAAGAGGGGACCGAGAGACCGUCAAUUGGGUCCAUUCCUAAUUGUAUAUAAUGUAUGAAAUUGUCUCGUAUGAGUGGUUGGGAUCAACAGAGUGGGUUAAUAAUGAAUAGCGGGAGGGUCUAUCUUAUAUUGUUGACCUUGAUGGAACAUUGAGACAUCAAAUACCCUCGGAUGGGGGGUUAAAUUGUGCCUCAUCUGAUUUUUUUUUUUUUAACACACAAAAAAAACUUGUUGUUCUUGUGGAGUGCCUGUUUUCCUCUCUGGUUUCCAGGUCUAUUGUCAAGACAGUUCAGCUGAGGAGGCUAAAUUGACUUGAGACCAGUGAACCUCGACAAUCAGCACUUCCACUGUCCGUCUGUGCCAUUUUAAUUAGUGGAUGGGGUGUCGCUAGUUCCUCCUUGAAAUAAAGACGAAUGGCAGACUAAAUAGAGGCGUUGUGUGUUUGAAGCACUGGUGACCACAUUCUGGUCACCCAAAAUUAUUCGUUCUGACCUACCUUUUAAUAUCAGAAACGGUCCAUAUGCUUUGCUACAAAUAGUAGUAAUUCAGAUUUUUUUUUUUAUAAAUAUUUUAUACAUAUAGUUAAGGGUCAUAAUUUAAACCAAAGUAGGUGUGUUUGGCAAAAGUACAUUUGUUAGGUGUCCUCCAGUAACUUUGUUGAGAUGGCACAGCACUAGUUUAUUAAGGGCAUCAUGCAUUAUGUCAUGUUUUCAACAGUUUGCCAGUUAGUCAUUACCAUCUUGUGUUACUCUGAAAUGUAACUUGCUUGUACUUUUGAAUCUGUUCCAGUGGUUCCAUUUGUAAGACCGGCUCAAGAAAACAAAUACUAUCUGAACCCACGUCUGAAUGUGAUGCAAAGUGAUUAUAUUUACUGUCAAAAGGAUAUCUGAGAAGCUUGUCAGGGAUCCAUUUAAGGGUUCAAUUCAGUCAAACCAGUGUUAAUGCCUUAUCAACAUGCCUUAUCCCCUCCCAAUAAAAUAACAACGUGGUUCUGGUACUGUAAAAUACUAGCCCGAGGGCCAUUCUAUUGGCGCUAUCAUGCCAACUCCUUGUCAGCCAUUUUCAUGACAAUGCUUGUCAUAUUUGACUUGCGAUGGAGUUGGCAAGAGCACAAACAGGUCUGGGACCAGGCUAUAGAAGGAGACAACGGGUCUGGGACCAGGCUAUAGAAGGAGACAACGGGUCUGGGACCAGGCUAUAGAAGGAGACAACGGGUCUGGGACCAGGCUAUAGAAGGAGACAACGGGUCUGGGACUAGGCUAGUAAAAUAACAAGCAAGCCACCUCUUAUAAGUAGAUGCUUCUAGCUUUGUAAUUAGGCAUCUGGGUAGUUAGCCUCAUUUAUGCAGUAUCUCUAUUUACUAAGGCGGGUUUGAGGCUAAGGCGGGUUUGAGGCUAAGGCGGGUUUGAGGCUAAGGCGGGUUUGAGGCUAAGGCGGGUUUGAGGCUAAGGCGGGUUUGAGGCUAAGGCGGGUUUGAGGCUAAGGCGGGUUUGAGGCUAAGGCGGGUUUGAGGCUAAGGCGGGUUUGAGGCUAAGGCGGGUUUGAGGCUAAGGCGGGUUUGAGGCUAAGGCGGGUUUGAGGCUAAGGCGGGUUUGAGGCUAAGGCGGGUUUGAGGCUAAGGCGGGUUUGACUGAAUUCAGCCCUUUAAGAGUUUUCUAUGUAUAAAUAUUGUUAAUUUCUACAGGUAUUUGAACUACACUGCUCAAAAAAAUAAAGGGAACACUUAAACAACACAAUGUAACUCCAAAUCAAUCACACUUCUGUGAAAUCAAACUGUCCACUUAGGAAGCAACACUGAUUGACAAUAAAUUUCACAUGCUGUUGUGCAAAUGGAAUAGACAAAAGGUGGAAAUUAUAGGCAAUUAGCAAGACACCCCCCAAAACAGGAGUGAUUCUGCAGGUGGUGACUACAGACCACUUCUCGUUCCUAUGCUUCCUGGCUGAUGUUUUGGUCACUUUUGAAUGCUGGCGGUGCUCUCACUCUAGUGGUAGCAUGAGACGGAGUCUACAAACCACACAAGUGGCUCAGGUAGUGCAAUUCAUCCAGGAUGGCACAUCAAUGCGAACUGUGGCAAAAAGGUUUGCUGUGUCUGUCAGCGUAGUGUCCAGAGCAUGCAGGCGCUACCAGGAGACAGGCCAGUACAUCAGGAGAUGUGGAGGAGGCCGUAGGAGGGCAACAACCCAGCAGCAGGACCGCUACCUCCGCCUUUGUGCAAGGAGGUGCACUGCCAGAGCCCUGCAAAAUGACCUCCAGUAGGCCACAAAUGUGCAUGUGUCAGCAAAUGGUCUCACAAGGGGUCUGAGGAUCUCAUCUCGGUACCUAAUGGCAGUCAGGCUACCUCUGGCGAGCACAUGGAGGGCUGUGCGGCCCCACAAAGAAAUGCCACCCCACACCAUGACUGACCCAUCGCCAAACCGGUCAUGCUGGAGGAUGUUGCAGGCAGCAGAACGUUCUCCACGGCGUCUCCAGACUCUGUCACGUCUGUCACAUGUGCUCAUGUGCUCAGUGUGAACCUGCUUUCAUCUGUGAAGAGCACAGGGCGCCAGUGGUGAAUUUGCCAAUCUUGGUGUUCUCUGGCAAAUGCCAAACGUCCUACACGGUGUUGGGCUGUAAGCACAACCCCCACCUGUGGACGUCGGGCCCUCAUACCACCCUCAUGGAGUCUGUUUCUGACCGUUUGAGCAGACACAUGCACAUUUGUGGCCUGCUGGAGGUAAUUUUGCAGGGCGCUGGCAGUGCACCUCCUUGCACAAAGGCGGAGGUAGCGGUCCUGCUGCUGGGUUGUUGCCCUCCUACGGCCUCCUCCACAUCUCCUGAUGUACUGGCCUGUCUCCUGGUAGCGCCUGCAUGCUCUGGACACUACGCUGACAGACACAGCAAACCUUUUUGCCACAGUUCGCAUUGAUGUGCCAUCCUGGAUGAACUGCACUACCUGAGCCACUUGUGUGGGUUGUAGACUCCGUCUCAUGCUACCACUAGAGUGAGAGCACCGCCAACAUUCAAAAGUGACCAAAACAUCAGCCAGGAAGCAUAGGAACUGAGAAGUGGUCUGUGGUCACCACCUGCAGAAUCACUCCUGUUUUGGGGGGUGUCUUGCUAAUUGCCUAUAAUUUCCACCUUUUGUCUAUUCCAUUUGCACAACAGCAUGUGAAAUUUAUUGUCAAUCAGUGUUGCUUCCUAAGUGGACAGUUUGAUUUCACAGAAGUGUGAUUGGCUUGGAGUUACAUUGUGUUGUUUAAGUGUUCCCUUUAUUUUGUUGAGCAGUGUAUGUUUUGCUGAAGAAGACUAUAGUUUACAAUGUCAAAUGUUGAAUUCAUUGAGAUGUCAAGCCCUAAUGAUUAAUCUAGUUAGGAUUAUAUAAUAUAAUUUUCAGAUAAUUUAAGCACAAUGAAUGAUUGCAAUGAAGUUAAUUUGCACAGUGUGUGAAAAUCACAUUUUCAGCUUGUUUUACUUUCUGGUUUGGACAGCCAAACACAUUUAUUUCACUUUGAUUAUUUAAAAUGUUGAAUAUUUGGUCAAAUGGUGUUUAACAGCGUUUGUUGUUUAUCAUUUUAAUUUGAUAGUAUUUAAUUUGGGUGAAUGUGUGUCCUGUGUGUGUGUGUGUGUGUGUGUGCCAGAUACAUCAACACUUUCAAAUGCAAAUUUCAGAGUUAUAUGGACCACCAUUUUCAACUUUUCCUUCAGACACUUAUAGUGAUACUAGUGCCACCAGAUUCAAUGUCCUUAUACAAAUUCAAUAUGAUUCAAUUCAGAUUCAAUUUCCUUAUACAAAUUCAAUAUGAUUCAAUUCAGAUUCAAUGUCCUUAUACAAAUUCAAUAUGAUUCAAUUCAGAUUAAAUUUCUGGUGGCAAUAAUAUCACUCCAUAUUAUAGUAAUUUGUCAUCUUUGCUGUUACCCGAACCCCAUCUUUCCAAAAUGGAAAAUAUGCCUGUACAUUUGCCUGUGAUAUGCCUGUACAUCCAUUAACAGCUAGGGUCUUAGGGCUACAACAGUAAAUAGUCAGAGUGAUCUGACAGUCCUGUUAAUGUCUGUGUGUAAAAGCUAUUCAUUAACACUACUUAACGCUGACAGUUAUGUUGAAUGCCUUACGAUCUGGUUUAUAAUGCAUUGUAAAACAUGUUAUAGGCAUGUAUGACCCUCCCUGAUAAAGUCUUACCUCAUAACGAUCAUCUCAAAUUUCAGUCAGUUGAAAACAUGAUACAUAGAGACGUAUUACAGGCUUUUAAAACAACACUGAUGCUUUCUUACAAGUACUAAAGCGUUAUAGCUGCUUUAAGUGGUACUAGCUAUACCACAUGUUGUGGUGAUUCUCUCAGGGUACGUUUACUGUGUGCACUGGGAGGACCUUGCAAGCUGCUGUCGUAGGGAGUUUUAACCCAUUGAGGUCCAACAGUAUAUAUACUGUAUUUGUGUUUUCCAUUGUCAUCAUUGAAGCCUUCAUUAACAGUUUUAGAACACAUAUGUAGCCUAGCUGAUUAUGGGAAUAGUCUGUGCCAUUGUGAAUAUGACAUGGAAGAAUUAUUAAAAGUUUUAAAAAAUGA